ACCAUUUCCAUGCACCAACUCAAAAACCAACAACCCUAAAUAUAAACCAAACAAUAAUAAUGGCUCACCACCUUCUUCUUCCAGCUGCAACCCUCCUCUUAACCCUCCUCUUUCUCUCUCCUCCCACGGCCACGGCCAAGGACUCGGUAGUCCUAGACGUGGACGGGAACCCAGUAGAAGCAGGCUCACAAUACUACGUCCUCACUUCUGGAUGGGGUGGAGCAGGCCGUGGUGGCCUAACCGCUGCAUCACUCGGUGGCCCGUGCCCUUUAUACGUAGGUCAAUAUAGGCUAUGGGUUCAAAAGGGCAGCCCAGUAACAUUCUACCCUUCCAACCCUUCACAAAAACACAUCACACAAAGUUCAGACGUCAACAUUGCUUUCGCCCCAAACCCAAUCUGCAGAAACCAAGGGGUUUGGCAGCUGGGUUACAAUGGCAUUUCAUUCUACAUAACCACAAAUGGAGUUAUUGGAAAGCAAGAAGAUGUCGACACAUUCGCCAAUUGGUUCAAGAUCGAACAAGCAGGAGGGUUACCAGGAGCAUACAAGAUAGUGUAUUGUUUCGCCGUACCAAGUACUGGUCCUGAACCUGUUGUUCCUGAUAGUCGUCGUCGUACUGGUCCUGAACCUGAUACUGAGUAUUGUGAACAGUUGGAUGCUACUGUACCCGUGCCGCCGAUGGGUUUGUCGUUGUUAACUCCGGUACCCAUUGAUAAUCCUCUACCCUUCUUUGGCUUUGUAUUCAAGAAGGUUAACACUACUGCCAAUCAUAGCUACUAGAGAUCCCUUAUGUCCUGAUGCCCUAAAAUUUCCUCUGUUGUAGGGCUACCACCAACAGGUGGUAAGCCCUAUUUUCUUUUCGUUUUAUGUGUUUUUAUUUUAUGUUUAAGUACAAUAAAUCUCCAUUAUUAUGGAGAGUUUCUUUUAUCCAAUUAUUGAGUUUUAUCUACUCAUAUACGGAGUAAUUAAUAAUGGUUCUAUCUCUCUCUCCUUUUGUAUUAUGGGGUAGUUUUCUUUGUUUAGAGCAGUAGUAUGUAUUAUUGUUCGUUUGGUAGCUGGUCAUAAAGGGUGUCAAUGAAGAUGCUUUAAUUUGUAUGUAAA